ACAAGACCGACAUUCUGAUGAUUAUUCCACUAAAUAUAUCUCUCUGAUCCUUCAAAUUUCUCAUCAAUGGAGAGAAUCAAAUUUGGAUGCAAUGUGUUCUUGGCAACUCUCUUCUCCACACUUGUCCUCUUCACCUAUGCUUCAGCACUCAAGGAAGGACAAACGUGCGUAAACAAUAACAACUGUGACUCAGGGUUACAUUGUGAGGCUUGCGUCACAGACGGCAAUCUUCGUCCUCGGUGUACUCGUAUUCAACCUCUCAGUCCUCUAUCUAAGGUGAAAGGAUUGCCAUUCAAUCGGUACUCGUGGUUAACGACGCAUAAUGCAUUCGCUAGAUUGGGAGAGAAGUCGGAUACUGGCUCUAUCGUUCUCGCUCCUUCGAACCAGCAGGAUUCUGUUAGUUCUCAGCUCAAUAAUGGCGUGAGAGGACUGAUGCUUGAUUUAUAUGACUUUGAGAAUGACAUUUGGUUAUGUCAUUCCUUUGGUGGCAAAUGCUUCAACUAUACAGCUUAUCAACCUGCUAUCAAUGUACUGAAAGAGGUUCGAGAUUUCCUAGAAAAGAAUCCCACUGAAAUCGUUACUAUAAUCAUUGAAGAUUACGUUACUUCUCCAAAUGGUCUAAGCAAUGUCUUCAACGCUGCUGGUUUGAGGAAAUUCUGGUUUCCAGCAUCUCGAAUGCCGAGUGAUGGUCGUGAUUGGCCCACAGUUGACUCCAUGGUCCGGCAGAAUUUGCGCUUGGUAGUUUUCACCUCCAAAUCUUCCAAAGAGAAGACGGAAGGGAUUGCAUAUGAGUGGAAGUACUUGGUCGAGAAUCAAUACGGAACUGAUGGGAUGAAAAGUGGUCUAUGCCCUAACCGUGCAGAGUCCGCUGCUAUGAACACUAAAUCAAGAUCACUGGUUUUGCUGAACUACUUUCCAGAUACCCCGGAUAUCACCCAAUCUUGCAAGUACAACUCAGCCCCAUUAAUAAGCAUGAUGAACACAUGCCAUGAUCUAGCCGGUAAACGGUGGCCUAAUUUCAUUGCUGUCGACUUUUACAAGAGGAGCAACGGUGGGGGUGCACCUGCUGCUGUAGAUAUGGCCAACGGGGAGCUAGUUUGUGGCUGUAACAGCAUUGCAGUAUGCAGGCCAAACAUGACGUUUGGAAUGUGUAACCUCCCGGAGGCGGGUGCUGCUCCGGCCCCAACUACAGCAGGGAAAAGCACAACGAACACGGGUAGUCAACUGGUUCGAUUUGAUUGGUUGUUUGGCACAGGUUUGAUGGCCAUCACCUUGUCUUUUGUAAAGCUCAUUUAGACUUUAGAAAUGCUAAACAUCUUCACUAUAUCUGCAAACUUGCAACCCUGCUCUUUGAACACCCAGAAAAAUUGAUUCAUAAUGAAUGGCAUGUGAUUAGCGUCAAA